AUGGCUGUAGCAGGAAAUCAGUUUGGCCUUAAAGCACCCCCAAUGGCGCUGUCUUCAGUUCCUCUUAAGAUGUACACCACAUUAAGUCCAGAAUCUACACGGAACCUACUUACCUGCUUUCUGUGGAUAAUGAAGAAUGCAGAACAGAGUGUCAUCCAAAAGUGGCUUGCCUACUUAACACCUCUACAGCUGAAUAGAAUACUGGAUCUACUCUAUAUGUGUGUCUCCUGCUUUGAGUACAAGGGAAAGCAAUCACCAGACAAGGUGAGCACUUUGGUGCUUCAGAAGUCCAGGGAUGUAAAAGCUCGCUUGGAAGAAGCAUUGUUACGUGGGGAAGGAGCUAGGGGAGAAAUGAUGAGACGCUGGAAAACAGCAGGGAAUGACAAAUUUGCUGGCCUUAAUGAGAACCUGCGGUGGAGGAAGGAGCAGACACACUGGCGCCAAGCUAACGAGAGGCUAAAUAUGGCAAAGGCCGAAAUGGACCAGGAAGCCAUCAUGAGUGGAAACUUGGCUACUGAAGCCAACUUGAUUAUUCUGGAUGUGGUAGAAACCAUAUUACAGGUCAGCUUAUCUGCAGAUUGCAAGGAUAAUCAACUUGGAGGAGUCCUUAAAGUACUUGUGCACUCUCUGAGCACUAAUCAGAGCAACACCUACCUGGCCCAUUGCUUUUCUUCCAUCCGACUGCUAAUCAUCAAGUUUGGGGACGUUCUGUUCGAAGAAGAAGUGGAGCAAUGUGCUGAUCUCUGCCAGAAGGUCUUACAUCACUGCAGCAGUGCUUUGGAAAGCACAAGGAGCCAAGCAUGUGCAACCCUUUACCUGAUCAUGAGAUACAGCUUCAGUAGUACCAGUAACUUCGCCCGAGUGAAAAUGCAAGUUACCAUGUCGUUAGCUUCACUGGUUGGUAAGUCACAGGAUUUCAAUGAAGAAUAUCUGCGCAAAUCACUGAGGAGCAUUUUGGCAUAUGCUGAGGAAGAUGAAGAUAUGCAGUCUACUUUUUUUCCUGCACAGGUAAAAGAGCUCUUGCACAAUCUGAACAGUAUUCUUUCAGACACAGUGAAAAUGAGAGCAUUCCAAAAAGACCCAGAGAUGUUAAUGGACUUGAUGUACAGAAUUGCUAAAGGUUACCAGACAUCCCCAGAUCUGAGGCUCACGUGGCUGCAGAACAUGGCAGAAAAACAUGUAAAGCGGAAGUAUUACACCGAGGCAGCCAUGUGUCUUGUCCACGCAGCGGCACUUGUAGCAGAAUACUUAAGCAUGCUGGAGGACUGUAGUUACCUUCCCGUUGGCAGUGUUAGCUUUCAGAACAUUUCAUCUAAUGUGAUCGAAGAAUCAGCUGUGUCUGAUGACAUCCUGACCCCAGAUGAAGAUGGAGUGUGCUCUGGAAGAUAUUUCUCAGAAAAUGGACUGGUUGGGCUUUUAGAACAGGCCGCAGAGCUUUUCAUUCAAGCAGGAUUUUAUGAAACGGUGAAUGAAGUGUAUAAAUUGUCAUCCCUGUUUUUGAAGCACACCGAGACUUCCGUAAGCUUGCAUUAACUCAUGAGAAACUGCAGAAGGCGUUUGAUCGCAUAAUACAUAAGGGCCAGAAAAGAAUGUUUGGAACUUACUUCCGUGUUGGAUUUUAUGGAGCAAGAUUUGGAGAUCUAGAUGAACAGGAAUUUAUUUAUAAAGAGCCAGCAAUUACUAAACUUCCUGAGGUUUCCCAUAGGUUAGAGAGCGUUUUAUGGGAAUUGUUUUGGGGAAGAUGCAAUAGAAGUGAUUAAAGAUUCAACACCAGUGAACAAAUCAAAGUUGGAUCCCAACAAGGCCUACAUCCAGAUUACUUUUGUGGAGCCAUACUUUGAAGAUUAUGAGAUGAAAUACAGGAUGACCUAUUUUGAGAAGAACUAUAACCUGCGCAGAUUCAUGUACACCACACCAUUCACUCUAGAUGGGCGCCCACGAGGAAACUCAAUGAACAAUAUAAGAGAAAAACUCUUGAGACAAUGCAUGCAUCCCUACAUCAAGACUGUGAUUAAUGUCAUCCAGAAAUAGCUGAGUUUACCUUGACUCCAAUAGAGGUUGCCAUUGAAGAUAUGCAAAAGAAAACUCUUGAAUUGGCUGUUGCUACAAGCCAGGAGCCACCAGAUGCAAAGAUGCUUCAGAUGGUGCUGCAGGGUUCAGUAGGAGCCACAGUAAAUCAGGGACCACUAGAGGUAGCUCAAGUGUUUCUGGCUGACAUUCCAGCUGAUCCUAAACUGUAUCGCCAUCACAAUAAACUGAGGUUGUGUUUCAAAGAAUUCAUCAUGAGGUGUGGUGAGGCAGUAGAGAAAAAACAAGAGACUUAUUACAAUUGAUCAGAAGGAAUAUCAGCAAGAACUGAAGAAGAAUUACAACAGACUGAAAGAGAAUCUCCGGCCCAUGAUUGAACGCAAGAUUCCCGAGUUAUACAAAACAGUGAUAAAGACUCCAAGUGACACAAGGGGACUAUUCACCAGGUCCAGCUUCAGAAAAUACGAUACACAGACCUCUCAAAACAGUUGUUGA